UUCUAAAACAAAAAAGCUAGAUCAAUGAAUCACGUUAGAAAUCCAGCUGGCUCUGUCGUUGGCAGGACCUCGAAAACCAAAAAAAGCCAGUCCUUACACGAUCCGUUCAGAGACCCGCCUUUUACCAAGUUCGUCAGGUCGUCAACUUUUUGGAAAACUUGGCCUUCUGUCUGUUUCUUUCUAUUAGAAGCCGGUAUCAUUGCUCUUUACAACCGUCCGGCCAAGUCUCUACAACUGAGUUCGACUAUUUUGACAGUCUUGGGUACCGUGAUUGGUUUUGCGAUAUCUUAUCGAACCAGUAGUGCUUACGCGCAAUAUAAUGAAGCAAGGAAGGCCUGGGGCAAUGUGAUCCAUCACUCUCGAACAUUAUCCCGCUUGAUAUGGCUGCAUGUUCCAAAUGAACUCACUCCUCAUACAAGUAAAGAUCCGCCUACUGAAAACGAGACACUUCGGGCUAUGACAGAGAAGAAAACGAUGAUCAAUCUGGUUCAAGCUUUCUCGGUCAGUCUGAAGCACUAUCUGAGGGGAGAGUAUGGCAUUUACUAUGAGGAUUUAUAUCAUCUCACUUGUAUACUCCCAAAAUACAAUCAGGUUGGACCAAAAUCAUUCUCCGGGGUUCCCCAGCUACCCGGUAAAUUUCGAUCAGAAGACGCAUCCUUUGUGGUGGAAGUAGAAAAGGCCUAUUCUGUUUUGACUGAAGAUGGGAUUCCUAGACCAUCAAGUCUCUUCCAUGGUCCCACGGUUCAACCGGCUGAUCCCAUGAACCCGCCUAUAAAGUUGGUUCCUGGAUAUAACCCACCUCGCAAGACCAUAUUUGAUCGCUUUCGAUUCCUCAGAGUUUUUAGAUCUCUGGUCAAGGUACGGUUAAUGCACAUAUUCAUUCCUAUUGUUUCGAAUUCGAAAUCUUUCCAACUUGGAAUAACAGUUAAUAUCCCGUUGGAAAUUUUGUGGCACUUGUCAAUUUAUUUGAGCACAUUGCAAGUGCGGAAGGUUAUCGACGUCCCCACUACAAACACUUUCAAUGCAACUCUAGUUGGCUUUUCAGACGCGCUUACCAACGUGGAGAGGGUCCUCACAACCCCUAUACCAUUUGGUUAUUUGGUACAUCUGAAUACGAUUAUCUACGGCUAUCUCACAUUCUUACCAUUUCAAUUGGUGGGGGCCUUCAAGAAGAUCGUCGUACCGGCAACAGCAUUGAUUGCAUUCGCAUUCUUAGGGUUCAUGAAGAUCGGUGAAGAUAUUGAAAACCCAUUUGGAUACGCCUCAAACGAUUUAGAUCUGGAUCAUUUUUGCAAUGAUAUCAUUUUGAGGGAGUUGGAAGAAUUAACUUCAAUUCCGCCGACAGAUCCGAUGGGCUACAAGAUUUAG